GAUUCGCGCUUUAUUUAUGGGAUUAUCGGUGGUCUCGCUGAUUUGAUCCCGCUAACAGGCUAAUAACAAGCGCAGGUGGAUGACUCGCGAGACUCGACCUGGAUGUUGGCCUGUUUUUACAAAAUACAAACCGGAAUAAAACGCCUAGCAUCCAACCAAACAAAGGGAUUAAAUCAAGUCUGACUGGAACCAGAAACAUCAGGGGUCUUCUGUUAUUUUCAAAUGAGCGGGGGUCGUAUGGGCCAGCUAGUCGGCUAAUGGGUUUACCUCAGAUGUGGAGGAUGCUGAUGCUAACCGCGCGAGACAAUCUAGCAUUUAACGUUAAGGUUUUUUUUGUCUAAUAACACAAUGACAGCUGUUUAAAACAUAGUCUGUUGUGCUUAACAUAUAACAAUUGCAGAUAUGUUAAGAUUUAUUCUCUGUGACAGCGAGACAAUCUGAGUAAAAUAAUUGAAUACACUGGCUUGUGCUUUUACACCGUAAUCUGACUUUAAUAAUUAGUAGUUAAUCCAGGGUCAACCCUGUUAUAAGUGUACCAUUAAUGUGAAUUUAUAAUGAUUUGCUUAAGAGGCAGUUUUUUUUAACUCUAGGAAGUUAAAGGUUAUGGAAUUGGGUUAUACAGUGUUAUAUUGGCAAUGAUAAAGCUCUCUAUUUUAUGCAAUCUUGUGUAUUCUCUUAUACAUGUAUAGAUUUUAAAAUUUUAUUUUUCAUAAACAAUUUGAGUUUUAUGGGUAGCAAUCUUAAGUACUGAAGUAAUCCUCUUAUUAUGUGUUGAUUGGGAAGUGGAUCAGCAUGUUUUGAGAAGACUUGUGUCAAGUGGAUUAGAUUAGAACAGGGCCAACAUUUUUUAUUUUUAUCAAUUUUUUCCCAUGGAGAGGUGUGCAUAUCGGAAAAAUGUCUCAGUCCAUAUGAGCUGUAUUACAGCAAUGAAACAUUAUCCCUGUGUCCGCAAAAGUAAACAGUAGUUGAUCAUUUACAAGGAGGUGGACGCUUACGCAUGGGUCUCGACAAGGAUAUUUCUUUUGGUGCGUAUGCUGGAAGAGGCCACCAUUUGCUUUUGAAUUCCGAACAUUACCUUGUGGGAUCAUAAAGGAUUGGGAUUUCUGGAAUAUUUCCAUUUGUCAGAGGAGAGAACUCUUCUUUUCAAUGGAGCAAGUUCUCUCCAGCCCUCAGGGGUGUUCUGAGUGGGAGGUGAAUGGGAAAGCUGAGUGGGAAUCUGAGCAGAAUCCCCUUGGAUUUCUCCUUAUGGAUAAAGAGAACAGUUCUGUUGAUUCUACUAAUGACGUUUUUCAGGAGAACGCCAUAAACCUAGAUGACUUAUUUUGGUCCUCUCCGUAUUCUGGGCAGACAUAUUCCUGGGAAAAUGGUUUGGAAUGUGUCUAUCCCGAUUGGAAGACUCAGCCUCCUCCUUCCCAAAAUCUCAAAAGAGAGGGUUCUCCUGGAAGUUUGGAAAUUGUUGAUGGAGAUCUCAUCUGUUUUAAUUCUAGAUCUACUAGUCCUACGGUCUUAAAUAUGCAAGUGCAGAAUCAAAACAACUUUUAUGACCUCCCUGAACAGGUGCCUGAUUUUCUGCAACCGGUGGAGGUUACUGCCACUUCAAGCCCUCUAGAUGUGUACACAGGUGAGCUGGGUAUUAUUGACCCACUACUACAAGAAACCCACCUCCUUGAGGACACACAUUUAACAAACGGUGAGUUCAGCCAUAAUUCCAAAACAUUUGUGUACAAUGACAGUCAGAGCUUGCUUCCACACGGGACUCAUCUCACUCUGAAUUCUGAAGGUUUGUUGCCCGUUUCUCUUGUGGAGUUGUCAUGUACAGAUACGAACUCAAAUCCCAAGCCUUCAAUUAUUUGUCAGACACCUCUAUCUACACCAGAACACAUCUACUCAUCCACAGCCCUUCCCUGUGAGCUCACCUCUCCGAAGAUAUGUACAGAACCACCUAUUCUGCCAUAUCACGAGAGUAGUGCACCCCUUCCAAUGGAUGAGGUAGAGAUGUUGUUACCCGGGCUGCUGGUUGGAGGUCUGUACUCUGAACAAGAGAGUAGUAAGCCCUCAGCUAGUAACGACACCCAUGACGAUGAUCUUCAGAGCCAAGAGAUGACAGACACUAACAUGGAAACAACACAGCUGUCUUCUGAAGCAGAGACCGUUUGUAGGAGUCCGUUAGGUGUGUCUUGCAUAUCAUCUGAACUUUGUGAAGAAAUGUUGUGUGUUUUAUCCACAGAAUGUGAACCAUUGGAAACGGUUGGAGAAGAGUUGGAGGAGGAGGUCGUGUCCAAUGCUACAGCUGAUAAUGCUUUUUCUGAACCUGAAACAGGACUCGCACCAAUUGCUUUUGUUGAUUUGCAGUCAGAAGAUCCUUCAACUGAAAGCCUGGUUGACAUAGACGAACAUAAGGAGUCCACAAGAGCCUUGCCACUCAGCACAUCCGAGCAUAAUGCCUUAAUUGAGCUCUCACCUGAAGAUGACAUCUUACCUGAGGACCACAUCCAGCCCACACAUUCAACUGAGGCUGAAGCCUUAUCUGAGGUGUCCCAUGAUGGAGAUAUUCCUGAUUCCAUGUUUGAAAUCUUCACAGACCGCAUCUCUUGCGAAGCUCUGGCAUUUUUAGACUCUGUAAUUCCACCUGUAAGAGAUGCUAUUGAGCUAACAGAAAAGGAGAAAUGUGACGCAAACACACCCGAUCUUGACUCUAAUGCACUCACCCUUGAAUUUCAGGAUAAUGUAACAAAUGUAGAAACCGACAACGUAGACAAUGACCCUGAGGCUAUGGAGACACAGCGAGCUGAUCGUACACCCACAAUAGGUAACACAGAGGACUCAGACACACUCAAAGUUUUAGAGAUCUCAGAUUUGCAUAAAAAUCAAAAGGGAACCAAUUUGCAAAGUAAAUCGGACAGUUUGCAAACUGUUUAUUUAAACCUAGAUGAUAGUAAAGCUGACAACAAUCAAGAACUGAUUGCAAUGAGUGAAACCUGUCAGGAACAAGUCAAUGCUCAGCAAAAAGAGAGUGCACUUGAGGAAAAUCUCACAUCUUUGGACCAACUGAAUGACUCUUUGACUGCAAACUCGAGUGCAGUUGUAAUAGAUGCACCUGAAGAAAAUGCAACAGCUCACAAUGACGGUCUCGAUACACAGCCGAAUGUGGAAGAGAAACCUCACAGUGAGUCUUUACACGGAGGGGAGAGAUCAGAUUGCUGUAUGUCUACUCCGAAUCAAGUCAUACCUCAUUGCGCAAGUAAUCGUGAUUCUUUAGAGUCCACGCCCCUCACCUGUGCAGGUGAUCAGCUGACCGUGACGGGUGGACUAGUGGGGCUGGAUCUUACAGAGACCACAGAGACUCCCAGCCAACUGUGUGAAGCUACAGGAGAGGGAAAGGCGGGGUUUCCUGCUCAGCUUACACAUCAGGAGGAUUUCCAUCAGCUGACACCAUCACAGAUAGACCUGGCACAAGAGCAACAAGUGAGCUCAGUCGCUAGGAGAGAACUCUUCUUUUCAAUGGAGCAAGUUCUCUCCAGCCCUCAGGGGUGUUCUGAGUGGGAGGUGAAUGGGAAAGCUGAGUGGGAAUCUGAGCAGAAUCCCCUUGGAUUUCUCCUUAUGGAUAAAGAGAACAGUUCUGUUGAUUCUACUAAUGACGUUUUUCAGGAGAACGCCAUAAACCUAGAUGACUUAUUUUGGUCCUCUCCGUAUUCUGGGCAGACAUAUUCCUGGGAAAAUGGUUUGGAAUGUGUCUAUCCCGAUUGGAAGACUCAGCCUCCUCCUUCCCAAAAUCUCAAAAGAGAGGGUUCUCCUGGAAGUUUGGAAAUUGUUGAUGGAGAUCUCAUCUGUUUUAAUUCUAGAUCUACUAGUCCUACGGUCUUAAAUAUGCAAGUGCAGAAUCAAAACAACUUUUAUGACCUCCCUGAACAGGUGCCUGAUUUUCUGCAACCGGUGGAGGUUACUGCCACUUCAAGCCCUCUAGAUGUGUACACAGGUGAGCUGGGUAUUAUUGACCCACUACUACAAGAAACCCACCUCCUUGAGGAAACACAUUUAACAAACGGUGAGUUCAGCCAUAAUUCCCAAACAUUUGUGUACAAUGACAGUCAGAGCUUGCUUCCACACGGGACUCAUCUCACUCUGAAUUCUGAAGGUUUGUUGCCCGUUUCUCUUGUGGAGUUGUCAUGUACAGAUACGAACUCAAAUCCCAAGCCUUCAAUUAUUUGUCAGACACCUCUAUCUACACCAGAACACAUCUACUCAUCCACAGCCCUUCCCUGUGAGCUCACCUCUCCGAAGAUAUGUACAGAACCACCUAUUCUGCCAUAUCACGAGAGUAGUGCACCCCUUCCAAUGGAUGAGGUAGAGAUGUUGUUACCCGGGCUGCUGGUUGGAGGUCUGUACUCUGAACAAGAGAGUAGUAAGCCCUCAGCUAGUAACGACACCCAUGACGAUGAUCUUCAGAGCCAAGAGAUGACAGACACUAACAUGGAAACAACACAGCUAUCUUCUGAAGCAGAGACCGUUUGUAGGAGUCCGUUAGGUGUGUCUUGCAUAUCAUCUGAACUUUGUGAAGAAAUGUUAUGUGUUUUAUCCACAGAAUGUGAACCAUUGGAAACGGUUGGAGAAGAGUUGGAGGAGGAGGUCGUGUCCAAUGCUACAGCUGAUAAUGCUUUUUCUGAACCUGAAACAGGACUCGCACCAAUUGCUUUUGUUGAUUUGCAGUCAGAAGAUCCUUCAACUGAAAGCCUGGUUGACAUAGACGAACAUAAGGAGUCCACAAGAGCCUUGCCACUCAGCACAUCCGAGCAUAAUGCCUUAAUUGAGCUCUCCCCUGAAGAUGUCAGCUUACCUGAGGACCAUAUCCAGCCCACACAUUCAACUGAGGCUGAAGCCUUAUCCGAGGUGUCCCAUGAUGGAGAUAUUCCUGAUUCCAUGUUUGAAAUCUUCACAGACCGCAUCUCUUGCGAAGCUCUGGCAUUUUUAGACUCUGUAAUUCCACCUGUAAGAGAUGCUAUUGAGCUAACAGAAAAGGAGAAAUGUGACGCAAACACACCCGAUCUUGACUCUAAUGCACUCACCCUUGAAUUUCAGGAUAAUGUAACAAAUGUAGAAACCGACAACGUAGACAAUGACCCUGAGGCUAUGGAGACACAGCGAGCUGAUCGUACACCCACAAUAGGUAACACAGAGGACUCAGACACACUCAAAGUUUUAGAGAUCUCAGAUUUGCAUAAAAAUCAAAAGGGAACCAAUUUGCAAAGUAAAUCGGACAGUUUGCAAACUAUUUAUUUAAACCUAGAUGAUAGUAAAGCUGACAACAAUCAAGAACUGAUUGCAAUGAGUGAAACCUGUCAGGAACAAGUCAAUGCUCAGCAAAAAGAGAGUGCACUUGAGGAAAAUCUCACAUCUUUGGACCAACUGAAUGACUCUUUGACUGCAAACUCGAGUGCAGUUGUAAUAGAUGCACCUGAAGAAAAUGCAACAGCUCACAAUGACGGUCUCGAUACACAGCCGAAUGUGGAAGAGAAACCUCACAGUGAGUCUUUACACGGAGGGGAGAGAUCAGAUUGCUGUAUGUCUACUCCGAAUCAAGUCAUACCUCAUUGCGCAAGUAAUCGUGAUUCUUUAGAGUCCACGCCCCUCACCUGUGCAGGUGAUCAGCUGACCGUGACGGGUGGACUAGUGGGGCUGGAUCUUACAGAGACCACAGAGACUCCCAGCCAACUGUGUGAAGCUACAGGAGAGGGAAAGGCGGGGUUUCCUGCUCAGCUUACACAUCAGGAGGAUUUCCAUCAGCUGACACCAUCACAGAUAGACCUGGCACAAGAGCAACAAGUGAGCUCAGUCGCCCCCAGCUCUCCUCCCUCACACAGAAAUGUCUUUCCCUGUGGAGCCAGCCUGGAUGGGGAGGCCUACCAGACCUUGAUGGAGAAUAAUCCUGAUACUCCCAACAUUCCCAAACAUGCGGAAAUGACUCUGGAUCUGUGCAAGGCCUCAGAUGCUCUGCUGACCAAAUCGCUCCAUGACCAGAGGGUCCCCGUGGAUUUGAUAAACGUGCCUAUAGUUUCUGCAACAGCCCAUAAAGGCGAUGAGCAGUUGGCUCUCAGAGCGGUUUUCCAUGCUUUGGAUCAGGACGGAGAUGGAUUUGUCCAUAUUGAGGAGUUCAUCGAGUUUGCAAAAGCAUAUGGAGCCGAACAGGUGAAGGAUCUGACACGGUUCUUGGAUCCCAGUGGUCUGGGUGUGAUCAGUUUUGAAGAUUUCCACAGAGGCAUCAGCGCAAUCAGCAAUGAAGGUUCUGAUCCAGAUCUCUACAAGACUCAUCUCAGUGCAGUGGAAGCCAAUGGACCUCCAGAGGAAUAUGACGAGCAGGCGGAGGUCUCAGACAGCGCAUAUCUCGGGUCGGAGAGCGCCUACAGUGAGUGUGAAACCUUCACGGACGAGGACACGACGGCUCUGGUCCAUCCAGAACUCCAUGAGGACGUGGAGACCGACAGCGGCAUUGAAAACACACUCACGGAUGGAGACGACCACAACAGGUUCACUUUGGGCUCUGAUUUGAAUGGCCACACCCUCGUGGCGGUGAUUGGAGGAGAGGAGGAGCACUUUGAGGAUUUCGGUGAGAGCAACAACACUUCAGACCUGCUGCUGGCCAAUCAGGAGGAUAGAGGGGCGGGGCCAGAUGGGGAGGGAAAUACAGAGCCACUCCCACACCCAGACAGCCCACUGCCCCGCCCACUGAUGCUGCUGUCGCCUAGCCCCAGCUCUUUCCCUGCUAGUUUCCAGAGUUUCCUUCAGUCGGAGGCGCUGGAGUUUUUCUGCACUCACUGUCAUAAGCAGAUCAUUCGUCUGGAGGAUCUGUCCACGCGACUGCAGUUACUAGAGAUGAAUAGUUCGAGCAAGAGGCUAUCCAGUAAGAAAGCAGCAAGACACUUGCAGCAGUCUGGCACUCUGGAUGUCAUGGGAGAUCUGACUCGAGACAUUUUGGACCUUCCGGAUCGUGACAUCACAGACAAGGUGUUGCUGUUGGAGAAGCGUGUGUGCGAGCUGGAGAAGGACUCGUUGGAGAGUGAGGAGCAGCAUGCGCGCCUGCGGCAGGAGAACCUAACUCUCGUCCACCGCGCAAACGCUCUGGAGGAACAGCUGAAGGAGCAGGAGCUGCACUCGGAGGAGAACUUACUCACGCACACCCGUAAACACAGAGAUGCUCUGAACAAACUCCAGCGAGAGAGAGACCUGGAGAUCGAGAACCUCCAGGCCAGGUUGCAUCAGUUGGAUGAGGAGAACAGUGAGCUGAGGUCAUGUGUUCCCUGUCUAAGAGCCAACAUCGAGAGGCUGGAGGAGGAAAAGAGGAAACUUCAGGAUGAGGUGGACGACAUCACAGAUCGAUUGAACGAAGAAAUCGAAUCUCGCAGGAAAAUGGCAGACAAACUGAGUCAUGAACGUCAUACGAACCAGAAAGAGAAGGAGUGCACUCAGGGGUUGAUAGAGGACUUGAGAAAGCAGCUGGAACACCUGCAGCUGUUUAAGUUGGAGACUGAAGUGAGAAGAGGCAGAUCGGCUAGCUCCGGCCUGCAGGAAUACAACACUCACAUGAGAGAGAACGAACUGGAGCAGGAGAUACGCAGACUCAAACAGGAUAACCGCAGUCUGAAAGAGCAGAACGACGAGCUGAAUGGGCAGAUCAUUAAUCUGAGCAUCCAGGGAGCAAAGAGCCUGUUUACUGAGUCUCUGUCCGAGUCGCUCGCCGCCGAGAUCAACAAUGUGUCUCGCACUGAGCUGAUGGAGGCCGUCCACAAACAGGAGGAGAUCAACUUCCGUCUGCAGGACUACAUCGACCGCAUCAUCGUCGCCAUCAUGGAGUGCAACCCCUCCAUCCUGGAGGUCAAAUAAUCACCAUGGCGAUGACCCUACCUGAUCUAAGAACUGAAACAGGAGGCGAGAGGCGUAAAGAGCAGAUCUGGAGAUGAUGGGAAGAAUCCAAUCAUUAUGUUGAUCAAAUAAUUUAAUCAUUCAGAGCACUGUUUGUUGCAUGUAUGUAUGUAUGUAUGUAUGUAUGUAU